GGAUUAGAUAGGAGGGUAUGCGAUAGAAGGGCUGAUAUUUGAGAGAUCUCAUGUCAAGCAAUAAGCGAGCGACUCCAUUUUAUGUGACUAUAUACUGACAUGGUGGCUUUCUACUGAGAAAAUAUAGAAGACUGAGCAGAUAAGAUAGGAGGGCAUGCGAGAGAGUGAGAAGACAUAGAUCAGGAGAUGGAAAGAAAGUGCGAAGAGAUACAUGAUGCGAAGGAAGGAAUGAGUGAGGAAAUUGAGGACGAGAAGGAAGGAAGGGGUGAGACCGUGAAGAAAAAUAUACAUGUAGGAGAGGAGUUGCUGAAGCUGAGUUCUCGGCAGAAAUUCACAUUGAUGAAUGGUGCACUUGCUAACUUCGCUUCAUCCACGUGCUACACUGUGAUGCAGCCAUUUCUCCGAGAUGAGGCAAUAAAAAAGGACGUGUCUCUGACAGGUGCAGGGGCAAUAUUUGGAUGUUAUGAGGUCGUCAUGUUCUCCUGUUCCCUUAUUAUUGGUUCACAGUUAUCUCGCAUUGGCUCUAGGCGUUGUUUCUACACAGGGACAUUUGUAAUUGGCGUGAGUUCGUUGUCCUUUGGUCUUUUAGGUACCUGCCCUCCCGGUGACACUUUUCUUGGGCUUGCUGUAUCAAUACGUAUGAUAGAAUCAUUGGGUGCGGCAAUGAUGUUAACGGCCAACUAUGCCCUAGCAACAAAGGAGUUUAGAGAUAACGUAGCAACAGCGUAUGGGUUCUUAGAAAUGUGUGCAGGAUUUGGUCACGUCUUCGGCCCCUUGGUCGGUGGCGGCCUCUAUCAGCUGGGAGGGUUUGGCUUGCCGUUCUUCGUGACGGGACCAAUGACCAUUGUCAUAGCAUCUGUGGCCUUUUUUACUUUACCAAACGAAAACAAAGAUGAAGAAAGGCCGUCAGACUAUGGACAGCUCAUAAAAUUAGCAAAGAUACCCGCCAUACCUCUGGAACAACUGGCCGUUUGGGUAGAAUUUUUUGGACUUUGUGCUUUAAGUCCCACACUAGGAGGUCAUUUGCAAAAUGUAAGAUUUUUUAAAUUAUAA